AAGAGCAGUUGAAAGCCUUAAGCGCGGUCCCAUGAGUACCGAAUUCUAUCCAUCCAAGCAGGUCAAAACGUCCACACGGCAGGCUCAGGUGUCGCCCGGAAUGACAACAAUGUAUCCUGGUGGAAGCCCGAAAUAUGUCCAAAAUAUCAAACUGGAGAACGGAUUCAUGGAUAUGGACAGCCAAAGUAGCCACUGUCCAUCCGUGGACUACAAUUACCCUUCGCCUCGGUCAAACAGUACGGUGGACAGCAUUCCCCCAAUGCAAUUUGGGCAAAAUCAUUUAUAUCCGCCAGAGACAACAAACAUUCCAAUUACUAGCUGCAGUCCAACGCAUUUCAAUGGUGGCUCCAUGAUUCCAAUUAACAAUAACAACAACAACAACAACAUUAUGGCGACUAAUUACAAUGAUUAUUUGAGUUCAAAAAUGAGUUCCAUAAGUUUACCGCAACAAGGGAACACGGACAUCAAGCAGGGACUCCAGCAAACUCAACCGCAGCUUCCAUAUUUUCUGCAAACCCAACAAAAACAAUCGCAGUUCCCGCUGCUAAAUCAGCAAUAUCAACAGCAGCAACAACUGCAGCAACAACAGCAACCGCAACUGCAGCAACAACAUCCGCAACAACAGCAACCACAGGUAGAUGAACCGCUACCAUCGUUAAGUGAUCUAAUCUCCAGCACAUUGGAACUGCCGCACAUCGACACCGCCGAACUUAUCAAGGACAUUAAUGCAGAACUUGGAUUGCAGAAUUUCGAAUAAAGAACAAACUUUGUAAUUACUUAUGUAUAUAUAUUCAUAAAAUAUACCAGAAAUUAACCGAUUCAAGCUAUGCAAAAAAGGUCUCAGGAUAGGUUGUUACCAUUUCGAAAUUAUCUUCAGCUGAAAACCUGUCUUACAUAACUCUAGUUUACCACAUUGUACAUAAAUAUUUUGGCUAGAUAGCAUUAAUAGAGGGAAAUCUGAAUCUUAUUGCCCGAUGCCUAGUUAUGAUUUUUUGUUAAUUGAAAAGAAAUGAAUCCAAAAUGAAUAUUUUUUAUCAUUAAAGAUAACUUAAGAAUUUA